UUAUCACCUGCUUUCUCAGCUCUGCCUCCCCGUAGCCGCGACCUGGUGUGCAGCAAGGGACGACCAUCCCUGCCCCAGCCUCGGGGACGCCCCUCGAAAGAGACAUCAUUUGAAGCUAAAUCCUACCCAAGCAUGCGUCAGAGAGAAUUACCCCUGACAAUUUUGGUGCUUGUACUUGUACACACAGCAGAAACUUGCACUUCACGACCUCACAUUACUGCAGUGGAAGGGGAACCCUUCUAUUUGAAAUUUUGCUUAUCUUCAUCUGAGCAAAAGAGCAAACCAAGCACUAUAAGAUGGUACAAAAGUGGCGAGUCACAUGGACGUGUUGGGCUAAACCCAAGCAGUUCACCCAGAAUUUCUGUGCAUGAUUUUUCUUUGGAGUUUUGGCCAAUUGAGUUGGAUGACAGAGGAACUUAUAUUUUCCAGAUGGGAAAUGAUACUCGGCAAUGGACAUUAAACGUCAUCAGAAGAAAUAAGAACAGCUGCUUUACUGAAAAACAAGUAACUAGUAAAAGUAUAGAAGUUCAAAAGGUUUUGACUAUACCCUGUACAAACAGUUACUAUCAAAGACUCAUCAACAGAACAACACUGUAUAAGGACUGUGAAAAGAUAGCUGAGGGAGAUACAAACCCAUUGCUACAGAAGAAUGCUGAGUUUAAAGAUCAGGGUUAUUACUCCUGUGUGUUUUCCAUUCAUCAUAACGGAAAAGAAUUUAACAUCAUCAAGACCUUCAAUAUAACAAUAGUUGGAGAUAACAAUAAUAUAAUUCCAGCUCUUCUUGGACCAAAGCUUAACCAUGUUGAAGUGGAAUUAGGAAAAGAUGUACAGCUCAACUGCUCCGCUCUGCUGAAUGAAAAGGAUCAGCUUUAUUGGAACUUCUGGAGAGAAAAUGGAUCAGACCCCAAUGUACAUGAAGAGGAAGGAAUGAGAACUAGGACUUCAGAAGGCAAAUGGUAUGCUUCAAAGAUAUUGAGAAUUGAGAAUGUCAACGAAAACAAUCUAAAUUUCUCAUAUAAUUGCACUGCGGUCAGCGAAGGAGGCAUAGACACAAACAGCUACAUCUUGUUGAAAAAAGCACCUGGGGCAGAUAUCCCGGGCCAUGUCUUCACUGGAGGAAUGAUCAUAGCCGUUUCAAUCUCAGUAGUAGUCGUGUGCCUUGUGAUCGUGGGUGUCAUUUAUAGAGUGGACUUGGUUCUGCUUUAUAGACGUUUCAUGGGAAGAGAUGAAACAUUAACAGAUGGAAAAACAUACGAUGCUUUUGUGUCUUACCUAAAAGAAUGUCGACCCGAAGAUGGAGAGGAAUACACAUUUGCUGUGGAGAUUUUGCCCAGGGUGUUGGAGAAACAUUUUGGGUAUAAGUUAUGUAUAUUUGAAAGGGAUGUCAUGCCUGGAGGAGCUGUUGUUGAUGAAAUCCACUCAUUGAUAGAAAAGAGCCGAAGACUCAUCAUUGUCUUAAGUAAAAGAUACAUGUGUAAUAGAGUGAGAUAUGAACUUGAAAGUGGACUCCACGAAGCAUUGGUGGAAAGGAAAAUUAAAAUAAUCUUAAUCGAAUUUACACCUGUUAGUGACUUGACAUUCUUGCCUCAGUCACUAACGCUUUUGAAAUCUCACAGAUUUCUGAAGUGGAAGGCUGAUAAGUCUCUUUCUUAUAACUCAAGAUUCUGGAAAAAUCUUCUUUACUUAAUGCCUGCAAAAACGGUCAAGCCAGCUGCAGGUGACUCAGAAAUCACGCCUGUUCUCUCAGCACCUUGACCUUCAGAAAAGCUGCAAGUCAGAAAGAACUCUGUUUUAGGAAUUGAAUGUGUCAUCCAAUUGAUCACAAAGGCCAUUGUUCAAAAUAUUGAACUCUGUGAAAAUCCUGCUCAUGGUUUGGAAGAAGAAAUUGCGAUUAGGUUAUCAGGAUUAAGACUAUGUGUUGAACUGUGGGCAUGUGCUCCCUGAAGACUCUGAAAUUCAAACAACAUGGAGGUGCUCUUUCUUCCACUUCCACAGUUGGAUGCAGCUGCUUAUAGCUGCUCUCGUAUACAAUGCAAGUAUGAGGCCAGGCUUGAUGCACAAGAACUUAUACCUUAAAAAAGGACACAGCUUUAAGAUUUGUUGAUGCUCAUGGUUAAUUUGAGUUAGAAGAUGUUAAGUGCAUGAAGAGGCAUUUUCCUUGAACCAGUAGGAAACAGAGUAAUGGGCAAUGCUGCGUUUAUCCUUCAACUAGAACCCAAACACUGUGGAAUCUGCAGGGGGCGUGGAUGGAAAGAACCGUACACCUGCAGGGCUGUCUGUCAAUCAGGAGGGUGGGGCGGGAAUGUGAUGCCAGUAGGGUCUGGGCUUUGAGUGCAUUGAUGUACACUGCUGCAUAGUUGCAAGACAAUCGUUCUUGGAAUCCUAGCAAGAUACCGCAGAGGGCGUGCGUAUUUAGACCAUUUACCAGGGGUGGGCAGACAAUUUAUGACAAGGGCCAUUUGGAUAUUUAUAGCAUCAUUCACCAGCCAUACACAAUUAUUAGCUUAAAAAUUAGCCUGCUAUAGUUUUAUUGAGUUUAGAGUUCACCUCCAUGUGCCUUGCCAGGGCCAGAUCAAAUAAUUUAAUGGGCCUUACAUAGCCCCGGCCUGGAAGCUCCCCACCAUACCUCAAACACCUUUUAUCUUUCAUGAGAAUCACACAUGUUCAGAUAAUUCUCUGGAUCGUUCACUUUUAAUGAUCUAAACUACAGCCUUGAUGUAAAUGCUUUUCUCCAGGAUGGGUGUCAGAAUACAUUAGUUAUUAAACUGGAAAACAAAAGCUAUUUGCUUGAAUUUUUAAAGUUACAUAUUGAAAUUGCCUGGAGCAUGGAGGUAACAAGGCGUGGUGGUUGAGAGUGUGGGCUGUGCAGCCAAUCCAUAGCUCUAAUCCUGUGUUUGCUCAUGUCUGUCAUCUCUGGAAUCGUGUCUAGUCUCUCUGUGCCUCAGUCUCCCCAUAUGUAAAAUAACAGACCUACCUCACCGGGGAACUGAAGAAAUAAAUGCGAGGAAAGUACUUAGAGCCAUUCUUCCUAGAGGCUUAACAUUACAGAAGGAUUGGUAUUGCUAUUGCUAAGUGGAAUUAAGAUAAAGUUAUUUUGGUAUAAAAUAGUUUGACUUCCAUUUACGUGAGGGAUCUUCAAAGAGUUCAUGGGAAAUAUGCAUGAUUCAAGACUCCACACAGUUUUAAAAUUUUUUGCAUCAAAAUAAACUUGUCUUUUAAUUUCAUUUUCUACAAAAUUCUAAGUUUCCUGGCACAUCCAUCUCCCUAAAGGAGCACAGCACAAUGAGCCUUUCUGAUGGUCUCAGAAAUAAUGGCUGUCCACGAAAUCAAGGACUGGUGCAUUUCAGCCUUAAAGAGAAAGGAAAGAGUCGGACAAGUGAAACCAUUAGCUUGGGAGGCUGAUUUGAACAUGUGUACACAGAAAAGUUUAAAACAAUGACUUCAAAAUAGAUGUGGUAGAUAUUGCUGAAAAACAAAGGAGAAUGAUAUUUUCUGUGUAAGAAAGUUAUUUUUGUAGUGCUUAUAAUUUUUAUUGCUAAUUGGAUGGCAAAAAAGGUAAAAUAACUUAAUUUAUGCAUUGUAUAUGAAAAUACAUAAUCCAUAGAAAUUCUAUUGCUAUAAUCAGUCUCUAAAACAGAGAUUUUGCUUUUAAAUGGAUUUCAUAUUCAAUAGAUUACAUAUAUACAUUAUAUUUGUGCUUUAACAGUUGUAAAAUACACUGAGAUAUAUUAAUGAAUCAUUGGGCUCCUGCCUCUAUUUUUCAAAUGACUUUUGAUGUCUGUUUCAAUUGUGUUCAGAUUCCUACAUUUCUCAAAAGAACCAAAAGCCAGUAAGUACAUAAAAAAUUGCUCAGCAGCCUUCUCAUCAGGAAAAUGCAAAUCAAAAACCACAGUGAAAUAUCAUCUUACCAUCUCACCUCAGAAUUGUUGUUAUCAAGAAGACAAAAAUAAAUGCUGUGAAAGGAUGUAGAGAAAGAGGAAGUCUUAUAUACUAUGGGAAUGUAAAUUAGUACAGUUAUUAUGGAAACAGUAUGGGAGUGCAUCAAAAAACUACAAAAAAGAAUACCAUACAACCAAGCAAAUCCCACUGCUGGGUAUAUACUCAAAGGAAAUGAAAUUAACAUGUUGAAAAGACAUUUGCACUCUCAUGUCUAUUGCAGCACUAUUCACAAUAACUGAGCUAUGAACUCAAUCUAAAUGUUCAUCAAUGGAUGGAUAGAGAAAAUGUGGGGUAUAUACUCAAAGGAAUUCUAUAUGGCCAUGAAAUUUUGAAAUCCUGUUAUUUCCAACAACAUGGAGGACAUUAUGUUAAGUGAAAGAAGUAAGGCAUAUAAAGACAACCAUCUCAUGAUUUCACUCAUAGAUAUGAGUUGAUCUCUUAGAAGCUGGGAGUAGAAAAGUGGGGAGAGUAGGGGGG